AUGAACAGAGUCUCUGCAUCCACUGCAGGAUCCCUGGACAGCUGCUGGAGGCAGCCUAAGGGUGCAGGCGCAGGGAGGAGCUUGACCCAUACCGGCCUUCCCAAGGCCCCGCCUUCCCUGCGUCAAUUCCGGGUCUUAUCACUAGGGGCGGCCACGGUCUCCACAGCUGCAAAAGCCCACGCCACUCCAGCAGACAUUUUUGCCAAGGCCUUUCGGGUCAAGUCCAGCAGGACCAUCAAGGGGUCUGACAGGAGCAGAUCAGUCUCUGUAUUGGUGCCUGGAAAGGAGGAGCUCAGCAUUGUGAAACUGUGUGCUCACAGAGGGGAUGCGGUGACUGUGUACGUGAGCGGUGGUAACCCCGUCCUGUUUGAACUGGAGAAAAGCCUGUAUCCGACAGUGUACACCUUGUGGUCCUAUCCUGACCUCCUCCCAGUGUUCACAACGUGGCCUCCGGUGCUCGAAAAACUGGUGGGGGGAGCAGAUUUGAUGCUGCCAGGACUCGUGGUGCCCCCUGCUGGUCUGCCUCAGGUACAGCAGGGAGACCUCUGUGCCAUUGCCUUGCUGGGGAACAGCCCUGAGGGACGACAGCUGGACAUGAAGAAGUCCAGCUACAAAAAGCUCUCUAAGUUCCUGCAGCACAUGCAGCAGGAGCGGAUUAUCCAGGUGAAGGAGCUGAGCAAAGGGGUGGAGAGCAUUGUGGCCGUGGACUGGAAGCACGAGAGGAUCACGUCUUUCGUCAUAGCUGAGCCCUCCCCGACCUCCCAGACAAUCCAGGAGGGUAGCAGGGAACAGUCCUAUCACCCUCCAGAUAUAAAAUCCCUCUACUGUGUCCCAGCCAGCAUGACUGUGCUCUUCCAGGAGUCUGGCCACAAGAAGGGGAGCGUUCUCGAAGGUGGUGAGGUCCGGACGAUCGUCAUCAACUAUGUCAAGAAAAACGACCUGGUUGAUGCAGACAACAAAAAUCUCGUGAAGUUGGAUCCCAUCCUGUGCGACUGCAUCUUGGAGAAGAAUGAACAGCACACGGUCAUGAAGCUGCCGUGGGACAGUCUCCUGACCAGAUGUUUGGAAAAAUUGCAGCCGGCGUAUCAAGUGACUUUUCCAGGACAAGAGCCGAUUGUGAAGAAAGGCAGAAUCUGCCCAAUCGACAUCACUCUAGCACAGAGAGCAUCUAAUAAAAAGGUGACUGUGGUCCGGAACUUGGAGGCCUAUGGCCUGGACCCAUAUUCAGUGGCUGCCAUCCUCCAGCAGCGAUGCCAGGCCAGCACGACUGUCACUCUUGCCCCCGGGGCCAAGGACAGCCUGCAGGUCCAGAUCCAGGGAAACCAGGUCCAUCACCUCAGCCAGCUGUUGCUCGAAGAGUAUCAGCUGCCUCGAAAAUACAUCCAAGGCCUAGAAAAGGCCCCCAAACCUGGCAAGAAGAAGUAACAGACUCUUGUUUGAUGUGGACGAUCCUGUGGAAAUCCAAGCUCUGGGCUGGUAAUUUAUAUGAGCAUUUCCAGUUUUUACAAAUGAAACAAUAUAAUUCUUUACCAAAAUAAAUUUUUAUUCUAAUCUAAA